AUGAUCUCUAAUGAGUUCCCACGAGCUCUCUACAACUGCUCCAAUCUCCAAUACCUCGACCUCUCGCAGAACUAUUUUUUUGGUGACAUUCAACUCAUGGCUCAGCUUCGCCAGCUCAAUCUUGGAGCCAAUAGCUUCUUCGGAAACAUCCCUACAUCAAUCGGGCUGUUAAUAGAGUUGAGGUCACUUCAGCUUUUCCAUAUUCCAUUUAGCAGUUCUUUCCUGCCAGAAAUUGGCAAUUUGUCCAAUCUCGAACUAUUAGAAUUGGCCUACAUGACGAGGAUCACAACAACAUUGCCUUUGGAGCUCACAAGGUUGAAGAAAUUGAAGUAUCUUUGGGUGUCAGGCUCCAAUCUGGUAGGAAAAAUCCUAGACACGAUUGGAGAAAUGGUGGCACUGGAGCAAUUGGAUUUGUCAAAAAACAAUCUGAGCAGAAAAAUCCCGAGCGGUUUGUUUAUGCCGAAGAAUUUGAGUAAAGUGUAUUUUUACAAAAACAAAUUGUAUGGGGAGAUUCCUCGGGUGGUUGAGGCUUCAAACAUAGAUGUUAAUGAUCUCUCUGAGAAUUACUUGAUCGGGACAAUACCCGAUGAUUUCGAAAGACUCACCAAAUUGUCCGGUUUGAGUUUAUUGAACAAUCAAUUAUUUGAAAAAAUUCCAGAUAGCAUAGGUCAUCUUCUGGGACUGAUAAAUCUUAAACUAUUUUACAAUAAUUUAUCAGGUACUCUACCUCCAAACCUUGGGCGAUACUCUAUGCUUGAAGUUUUUCAGAUGGCGUCCAAUUAUAGGCUUACUGGCCAGCUACCACAACACUUGGGUGAUAAUGGAAGGUUGGUACGAGUGGAAGCUUUCGACAACAACCUUAGUGGUCAACUGCCCAAGUCGCUUAUAAAUUACAAUAAUUUGAUAUUUCUUAAUGUUCAUAAUAAUAUGUUUUUCUGGAAAUAUUUCUUAAGUAAUAAUUCAUUUAUGAGUGAGCUUCCUGAGAGAUUCUCAUGCAAUCUUUCUCGAUUAGAAAUCAGUUACAACAAGGUUCAGGUAAAAUUCUAG